UAUUAAUUACUUACUAGUUAACUCCUCUUUUUCUCUCUAUCCCCUCUCUCUCAUUUAUCUUACUCGCUCUUUCUAUAAAUAUAACCAACAUCUCUCUCCACUUCUUCAGACAAAACCAAACCCAUUUGGACUUUCUUUAAAAGCUUAAAAAAUCCCACAAAUAUUAAGUUUUAGCUCUAAAAUAUCAUCAAAUCCUUUCAAAAGUCGAAUUUCUUGCCCUAAACAAGAUUUUUCCAUAUUGAAAAGAGCCAGAAAUAUGGGAAGACCACCUUGUUGUGAAAAGACUGGAGUGAAGAAAGGGCCAUGGACACCAGAGGAAGACAUCAUCUUGGUUUCUUACAUUCAAGAACAUGGUCCUGGAAACUGGAGAUCUGUCCCAACUAACACAGCAUCAUACCUUCCAGAAAGGACAGACAAUGAUAUAAAGAACUACUGGAACACUCAUUUGAAAAAGAAGCUCAAGAAGAUCAACGAAUCUGGUGAAGAAGAUAAUGAUGGCUUCUCUUCGUCAAACACUACUUCACAAAAGCAAUAUCAAAGCUCAAACAAAGGCCAAUGGGAGAGAAGACUUCAGACAGAUAUCAACAUGGCAAAGCAAGCUCUUUGUGAGGCUUUGUCUUUAGACAAACCAUCAUCAUCAACACUUUCUCCAUCAUCAUCAUCACCAUUGUCACCAGUAAUCGUACCACAAAACAUCCCUAGCUUUUCAUCAGCUUUAAUUGACCGUUGUUAUGAUCCAUCCUCCUCUUCUUCCUCUACCACAACCACAACCACAAGCAGCACUACUACUAAUCCAUACCCAUCAGGGGUAUAUGCGUCAAGUGCUGAAAACAUCGCUCGGUUGCUUCAAGAUUUCAUGAAGGACACACCAAAGGCAUUAACAUUAUCAUCCUCAUCACCGGUUUCAGAGACCGGACCACUCGCUGCUGCAGCUUUCGAAGAAGGUGGAGAAGGAUUUGAACAAUCUUUCUUCAGUUUCAAUUCCAUGGAAGAAACACAAAAUAUGACUCAGGGAACAAGCUUCUUCCAGGACCAGGAGAGCAAACCGGCAAUAACAAUGGACCAAGAUCUUGGUUUGAUAUCGCAAGGAUCUCUGUCUUUGUUGGAGAAAUGGCUAUUUGAUGAGAACAUGGCUGGUAUGUCGUUAGAAGGACAAGAAGCGAUGUUCUAG